AUGUACCGGUGGAUAGGCACCGGCGUCAUGCUCCUCCUUUUCUUCCUUAGGAUAGUGCUGGCGCAAGGCUGGUAUAUCGGAAUCUACCUACUCAACCUCUUCCUCGCAUUCCUCCAGCCGAAAUUCGACCCAUCUCUUACCCAGGAUACUGGACUAGAAGAGGGUGACGCUGGUGCGUCUCUUCCUACCAACCAAGACGAAGAGUUCCGCCCCUUUAUUCGACGACUUCCGGAGUUCAAGUUCUGGCACUCGGCAACCGUGGCUAUCACUCUGGCCUUUUCCUGCACCUGGUCUCAGAUAUUCAACAUCCCAGUCUUCUGGCCAAUCUUGGUCGUGUACUGGUUGAUCCUGUUCUGCUUGACGAGUACGUAUAUCCUUUCCGCAUAUCUAGUUAUUUCUCUUCGGUCUAUCUAA